GCGGCCCGCCCACUCCCCGGCCCCACGUACUGAUUGACUGACUGAUACAGCCAGACCCCAUGGCGACCCCCAAGAUGGAGGAGAACAACACGCUCGGCCGCCAGCUCUCGGCCGCGAACGAGGAGGCGUGGCUGUCCCUGGGCCGCAUCGCCGAGAUGAUGGGGGACGACGAGAACACGAUGCUCGCCUACGAGAAGGUGCUGUCCCACAACCGCCUGAACGCGACGGCGCUGUUCGCCAUCGGCUGCUGCUACGAGAAGGUGGAGGACUACACCAAGGCCGCCGACUGCUUCCGCGGCCUCGUGUCGCUCAACGAGCAGAACUCGGACGCCUGGGGCCACCUCGGCUACUGCUGCCUCAUGAUGAACGACCUCACGAGCGCGCACACGGCCUACCAGUACGCCAUGUACAACAACCCGAUGAGCCAGAAGGACCCCAACAUGUGGUACGGCAUCGGCCAGCUCUACGAACGCCUCGGCUCGCUCGAGCACGCGCAGGAGUCGUUCGAGGCCGUGCUGCGCUUCGAGCCCAACUUUAACAUGGCCCUGGAGGUCAAGUUCCGCCUCGGAAUCAUCGCCAAGCAGCGCGGCGACUACGAGGGCGCGCUCGAGCGCCUCAAGUCGGUGCUGCACGACGUGCAGGCCAACGUGCAGACCACUGAGAUGGCCAGUGAUAUUUGGACGCAGAUCGGACACGUGUACGAGCUCAAGGACGAGAUUCAGCUCGCCAAGUCGAGCUACCUCAAGGUGGCCGAGCUCAACCCCAACAACGCUAAGCCUCUGCAGCAGCUCGGAUGGCUCUGCCUCAAGCACAGCGAGCACCCGCCCGCUAUCGAUUACCUCAAGAAGGCCGUGACGAUCGACCCGCAGGACGGCAAGGGAUGGUACCUGCUGGGCCGUUGCUACAUGGCCGUGCAGGAGUUCGAGGAGGCCUACGACUCGUACAAGCACGCCGUGACCACGGACUCGCAGAAUCCCAAUGUGUGGUGCUCGCUCGGAGUGCUUUUCUACCAGCUCAACCAACACCUGGAUGCUUUGGACGCGUACUCGCGCGCUAUCAACAUCAACCCCAACAUUUGUGAAGUCUGGUACAACGUCGGCACGCUGUAUGAUACCUGCAACCAGACGAGCGACGCUCGUGACGCCUACCAGAAGGCUGCUGAGCUCGGCGCGGACGCUGGAUUUAUUCGGGAGCGAUUGGAGCUCCUGCGUGUUCGGGAAACGGGCCAAUCUACCAUCGGCAUGGCUGGUGCCAACUCAGCACCAGGUCCUUCGGAGCCGCCCACAACGUCGCCCAUGCCGACGUUCUCGUCGCGUCCGUCGGCUGAGAACCAGUACCAGCAACAUCAGCAGCAACAACAACAGCAACAGCAGCAGCAGGGCGCCCCCGCACAAGGAGGAGCCAUUCCUCAGCCCAACGGCGCUCCGCCUGUAAGCCAGGGAGCUCCGAUGGCUCACAUGCUUCGUGGCGAAGCUCCCAUGAGCAUGAGCAUGGGCGGUGCCCCGACGUCGAACUCGAUGAGUGUCAGCGGCCCGGAAACCAGCAGCGGUAUGGCGCGUGGCAUGCCUGUGGGCAGUGCCGGUAUGAACAUGAUGCGUGGCAUGGGUCGCAGCGCCGCAAUGAAUGGCGGUGGCAUGAUGCCUCGCGGAGUCAUGGGAGGCAUGGUGCCAGGCAUGCAGCACCCGCAGCAGGCCCAGCAGAUGCAGUCGCAGCACCCCCAGGCUCAGGCGCACGCCCAAGCCCAGGCUCAUGCCCACGCUCAAGCUCAGGCACAAGCCGCGCAGGCCCACCACCACGCUCAGAUGCAAGCCCAGAUGCAGGCGCAGCAGCAACAGCAACACGCGCAGGCCGUGCACAUGCAGCAGGAUGGUCGCCGAGGAAUGCCCGGACGGCCGAUCAAGGAAGAGAACAAGGUGGGCGGCAUGCGCUACGCAAUGGACGGUGGCGACCGCAAGAUGCAGGCACCACCGCAACGUCUGGCUGGACUGAACCCCAAGAACCUGGGCGGUCCCGCCGGCGUUCCGCAGGCUGGCCGUCGCGAUCGUUUCCCGAUCCCAAUGGGCGACCCGAAGCAGCACCAGCAUCCGUCGCUGCAGCCGCCUCCUGGCAGACGGUGA